UAAGACUUUAGGAUGAUCAGGAGUCGACUUCAGUUCAUUCUUCUACCCUGAAUAGUACCAACGGUGCACAGGAGUAGUACCAUUCUUCGACUAAUUAUACUGUCAUCCGUGUCUCAAAUUAACUGAUCAAUCUGAUUUGUGGUGGUCGCACCAAGGAAAUCUUCAAGAUAAUCUUCGUUUCGCGUCAUGAAUCAAUCAGGUCUUCCUACUCCACCACCUGGAUCCAGCACGUCAAGUACCAACCCGGCACAUACAUCAUCGAACGCGGCUGGUCAAUCUGCGAGUGAUGUCUCGUUAGGCUCUAUCAUCACGACCAUAACCUCGGCUUCAAGUCCUACCCACUUAAACCAAUAUCUGAGGAGUUGCGCCUCCAAAGAUGUCAGAGAAGUCCUCCUGUCCAGCAUCUUGCCAGGUAGCCAAGAUCCUUUGUCUCUGUUAAACGCGCGAGAUCAUACGCUAGGCAUGCUUUACAUUUUGUCUGCGCGACUGCAUACUGUUGCAUCCGAUAAGCCCUUGUGGCAGCAUGUCGAAGGUUUUUGCCGCGAUUUUGUUCCUGAACAUGCACGCUUUGCUCCAGAUCGAGUGACACUUCUUGCAACUGGGAUACGGCAAUUCGCUGAAGCUGAAGGGAAUCUCAAACUCGCUAUCUCGCCACUAUCCGAUUUGCUUGCAAAAUAUCCUCCAACCCUUUCACAUCUCACCACCAUCCAUCCUAUUUUCAUGACGACCUGCGUGGCCACUCGCCAUUUCACAGUCGCGAUCCCCGUUCUGUCUCAUCCAAUCACUACGAUUGACCUCUCACUUUCCGACUUAACAUACCAUGAUAACUUAGUAUACCACUACGCCGGCGGUAUCGUACUCGCUGCGCUAAAGAACUGGUCAGAUGCAGAAGAACUUUUUGAGAUCUGCGCAUCAAGUCCAGGCUCAGCGGUUUCAGCUAUUCAAAUGGAAGCAUUGAAGAAGUUGGCCCUCGUACAGUUGAUAUACCGCGGAAAGACAUCACCUCCAUCCAAGUACAUGCACCCGAUCCUUGUGCGACUCUUCAAGGCAACUCCUUAUUCAAGUUUUAUGAAUGCGUAUCCUCUGCAACGCGACCACCUUCGCGCGAUAGUUGAAAAUGAGCAGCAACUAUUCGUCAAUGAAAGAAAUUUUGGUCUCAUCAAUCAGGCACUCGACCGCGCCCCCCGUUGGUCCAUAAAGAAACUCACAACCACUUAUCUGACGUUACACUUAUCCGACAUUGGCCGAGAAGUAGGAAUUGCCGACGAGAAUGAAGUGAAAUCCCUGAUCUUGAGCAUGAUCGAGUGUUCGGAAAUCUCGGCAGAGCUGUCUGCAGAUGGGACUGUAUCGUUCUCGGACCCACCUGUGAAUUUCGAGAAAUCGGACGUCGAUCGUGUGUUGGCACAGGCGCAACAGCAGGACGCCCUCCUUAUGAGGCUUGAGAAAGAGGUGGAAAGGAACAAGGAAUAUUUGACAAAGGCCGUCAAGAGCAAGGACGACGCGGCUUGGGGACCAGCAAUGGAUGAAGAUGGUGCAUUUGGAGACCGACACUCAGGUAACUGGGCUGAUGAUAUUACUUUCCCCUGAUAUGAAAGACCCAUGGAAGAUACAAAAGUAGACCGCAUUGCAUUGAUCUGUUCCUUCAACAUCAUUUUCUGUACAAUUGGUCAUCAAUGAGCUUCGCUCCGUAACCUGCGCCACGAUUGUCCGGCUCCGUAUACACAAAUAGACAAAGUCGGUGUUCAAUUUCUAUCGUUAUAUUGCAA